UCCAAGAUAGAAGAGACAAGCCUCAAAUUCUGUUGACUUUUCGUAAUUUGCUUCAAAUCCUUCAAAGAAUGUUUUUUUUUUUUUUUUUUGUUUAACCAUCCUUUGCAAUCCGCUGAACCGAUUAAUCCAGAUUCACGUCAGGUGUAUGCUACAGAGGAUAAAUGAAGUAAAGUAGUACAAAUUCGUCGUAUUGUUUUUUGAACAUUAGCAUCAUGAAUUACAUGGCUAGCACUACUAUAAAGUUGACCAUAGUCCUUUUAAUUCCCUUAAUCAUAAAUCCGAUUUGCUUAGCAAUAGAUACUAUAUCAAUGAAUCAACAAGUUGUAGAUGGUGAAACUGUAGUUUCAGCAGGAGGUAUAUUUGAGCUUGGCUUCUUUAGUCCUGAUGGAUCCCAAGGGCGAUAUGUCGGGAUAUGGUACAAGGGAUUACCAGUUGAAAAAGUUGCAUGGGUUGCAAACCGUGAAAGACCAUUAAUUGGAUCACAUGGAGUUCUUAUGAUUAAUGCUAGUGAUGGCAAUUUGGUCCUUGUGGAUGAUAAAAAUGUGCCAGUCUGGUCUACACAAGUUAGUUCGACGUCAUCCAACAACACCAUUGCUGUGCUUACUGCUCAGGGGAAUCUUGUUCUUCUGGAUCAGAACAAGCUGAACGAAUCAGUACCGUUAUGGGAGAGCUUCAAUCAUCCAUCUGACACACUCUUGCCUCGUAUGAAGAUAGGGAUGAAUACUAUAACAGGGGAGCAAAUAGUUCUCACAUCUUGGAAAGAUGAUAAAAAUCCGUCGUUGGGAAGUUUUAGUACCGCUCUGGUGGAUCCUCAGGAACUUGUACAAGUACUUAUUUUGAAUGGCUCGUCAAAGAAGCAUUUUAGAUCGGGGCAGUGGAAUCGGAGAAGCUUCAUUGGAGUGCCUAGCAUGACUAAAGACUACCACAAUGGCUUUCAACUACUUACGGACAAUAAAGGGGAGGAACUUUAUUUUUCUUAUGCUAUACUCAAUUACUCUGCUCCAACAUUGAUAUACUUAGAUUCCUCAGGGAGCGAUAAUUCAGAUGGAUUGGGACGCAGAAGAGAAAAAAAUGGUUAA